UGUUUCAGAGCGGACAGUGCGAGCGGGUCCCGGAUGUUAGCUGUCGAAAGGAAAGCGAACGGGAUAAGGCAGGAAGGCUAUCUUGGGACUAUAGUGAUAGACCGACUGGAGAGGGCAAAGCGGGUUUAACCCGGGACAAACUGAGAGGGCGCCAGCAGCCAGCAGUAGAAGGAACAAGUCGAGCCUUCCUUGGGGAAGGAGAAGAGGUGGAAGGGGAGGGGGACUGUUGUUCGUGCACGAAUUUGGACCGGUCCAAGACAUUAUAGCUAGCUAGCCCGGAGUGCAUCUGGAGCUGUGUACAGCAGAAGCACUGUGAGCUGAGGGAGGCUCCGCCCCUCGCCCCGCCCCUUCCGCCGUCUCCCUCUGUGACCCAGCCUCCCAGUUACCAUGACAUCAGAGCUGGAGAGCAGCUUGACCUCCAUGGACUGGCUGCCGCAACUCACCAUGCGGGCGGCCAUCCAGAAGGCCGACGCCCAGAACGCCCACGGGCCGGGCGUGGCCAAGAAGAGCGCCCUGCUGGACCCCAACACCACGCUGGACCAGGAGGAGGUGCAGCAGCACAAGGACGGCAAGCCGCCCUACAGCUACGCCAGCCUCAUCACCUUCGCCAUCAACAGCUCCCCGAAGAAGAAGAUGACCCUGAGCGAGAUCUACCAGUGGAUCUGCGACAACUUCCCCUACUACAGGGAGGCGGGCAGCGGCUGGAAGAAUUCGAUUCGACACAAUCUGUCCCUGAACAAGUGUUUCCUUAAAGUACCUCGCUCUAAAGACGACCCUGGAAAGGGGUCCUACUGGGCGAUCGACACAAACCCAAAGGAGGACGCUCUGCCCAGCAGACCCAAGAAGAGGCCGCGGUCGGAGGAACAGGCCUCCCCUCCAUACAUCAGGGACUCAGACUCGCGGGGAAUGGACUGCAUCAUCCCUGGAAGUGCCUCUCCCACGCUGGCAAUCAACACUGUGACAAACAAGGUAGCACUGUACACUCCGGACCAGGAUGGAAGUGACAGUCCCCGAAGCAGCCUUAACAACAGCCUGUCUGACCAGAGCCUGGCUUCAGUAAACCUCAACAGUGUGGGCAGCAUGCACAGCUACACUCCGGUGAGCAGUCACCCGGAGCCCGUGUCCCAGUCCCUGAGCCUCCAGCAGCCGCCGCAGCAGCCCCAGUACAGCAUGCCCGAGCGCGACAAGCAGCUGCUCUUCUCCGACUUCGAAGAUCUCAGUGCCUCCUUCCGCAGCCUUUACAAGUCCGUCUUCGAGCAGUCCUUCAGCCAGCAGGCAGGCCUGAUGGGCAUGCCGUCAGACUCCACGCAGCAGACCCACACCUCCUGUUCCUACCAGUCGCCCCACAGCUCCCAGAACAGCGUCACCAACAGCCUGCCCAACAGCGGGGGCCAGGUGCCCCUGUCCCACCCGUCCCAGCUCCAGAGCCAAAACACCCACCCGGCGCACGGAUCGCCCCACGGGUCGCACCUGCCCCAGCACCCGCAGCAGCACAGCCAGCACCCUUCCCAGCAUGCACCACACUCUCAACACCCGUCCCAGCAUGCGCCACACUCCCAGCACCCUUCCCAGCAUGCACCUCACUCACAACACCCUUCCCAACACACAGCUCACUCUCAGCACCCUUCCCAGCAUGCGCAACAUUCGCAACACCCUUCCCAGCAUGCAUCACACUCUCAACACCCAUCCCAGCAUGCGUCACACUCACAGCACCCUUCCCAGCAUGCGCCACACUCGCAACAUCCUUCCCAGCAUGCACCACACUCGCAACACCCUUCCCAACACGCACCACACUCUCAACACGCUUCCCAGCAUGCAGCACAUUCUCAACACCCUUCUCAGCAUGCAGCACAUACACAACACCCUUCCCAACAUGCAGCACAUACACAACACCCUUCCCAACAUGCAGCACAUACGCAACACCCUUCCCAACAUGCACCACACUCCCAGCAUCCCUCGCAACAGCAGCAGCAGCAGCACCAGUCCCAUUCUGCCCAGCAGCAGCUGUCCUGUAACUCUGGCCUGCCCUCGGACUGGUACCCCAACCUGGACGCACUGAAGGAGAGCUGUCGCAUCGCCAGCAGCUACAACUGGGCUGACGUGGACCUCUCGCCCUUCCAAGGUUUGAAAGAGAGCAUGAGGCAGGCAGAGCAAAACAACUGGUCCCUGGAGCCCACGCAGAUCGCCGACCUCUGCUCCUCUAUAAACCAGUUUUUUGCCCGCACCGGGGUCAUCCAGCCACAGGGGGCAGCGCAGGCCCCCGCAUGUCAUGGCUCAAUGCACACAAAGCCAAGCCAGCACAUCAGCACAGGAAACUUGUACAUGGACUCCAGGCAGAAUCUGCCCCCUAUGAUGGGCCCCCCGGUUUACCCCCACCUCCCCUCAAUGAGCAGUGCGGGCCCCACCAUGGCAGGACACCACACCCAGAUGAACCAGCAGCACAUGAUUCCUCCUGGAAGUUUCCAGAUGCGCCGCAUGCCUGCCGACGACAUCCAGGACGACUUUGACUGGGACUCCAUCGUUUAGGCCUCCCAGGGGUGGGGCGCUGGGGCCGACUGGGCCGGGGGUCGUCCCACACGCUGCAGGAGGAGACAAUCCAGACAGGACAGGACGCGGCGCGGGUGUCAUUUUCGACAGGAGCGGAGAGACUUUGAGAGUCCUGGCCUUUUUACAGAAAAAGAAACGAACAAAAAAACUCUUUGAAGACAAUCAUAUUUAGUGGGACACCUUUCAGUGAUCGCUUUUGUACUUUUGUCGCUUUUUGUCAUGGGGCGGAGUCAUACCCCUCACCCCCUCCUCCCCCUUACCCCAGACCUCAGCUCUCAGCUCCCUCCUUUGCUGUUGUGUGAUUUGUUUAAGGGGGGGUUUUGGGGGGUGGCGUGUUUCUUGACUGGCCCACAGGGUGGUCUCUCAGUGGAGAGAGACUGACCGACUCGAUCGCGUUCCCCUCUGCCCGAAUGUCCGCCAGAAUGGGGAGAAAACGGAAGCGCGUUUUUAACGGUCUCAGCCAGGCACCGGGGUGGCGGAAAAUCCCUCAAAACCUCAAAGGCAGACGUUGCGGGUUUGAGGAUCAGUUGGCGCUCUGGGUUUAAAGUCUGGUCACGUUCUGUUUAAGUUGUCACCAGGCUGUCGGUGAGAUAGUUGGUACCUCUGGACUUGGGUGCGAGGGUCCGUCAGAACCGAGAGAAGGCCACCGUGGAAAGUAAUCCCAAAUAUAACAAUACAAAUGUAAACUUAACAAAAAAGUACCUGCAGUAUUUGUGUUUGUGUAUUCUACUCCUGUCUGUAAUGUGUCAUUUCACUACCAGUGCUGUCGACGUCAGGGCGGGCCUUCCCAUUUACUCAUUAUUUCUGAGUGUGUUCCUUCACGCUGAACGUUGCUGAAUGAGGGAGGGUUAUCAAUGGCAAUGGCGGGCGACACCGGCCCUGUGGACUCGCUGGACCGCAGUUCCUGGGCCCCGUCUAGCUGGGCGUGUGCCUUUCUGACGUGAUGAAAUGCGGUGCGAAGUUCAGGUUUAUGGGAUGACGACUGAGCCUGCUUCCUCCGCCUGCGCUCGUAUCGGGGGCUGAUUAGCGUCCUGGCAGCCCUGGUGCGUAACCUAGGGUUACGUGUAGCCUACGUGCUACAUGGCUACGGCGGGUCAGGAGAAAGCUCGGCUGUUGGCGUCCGUGAGUCUAUAGGGUCAGCGGGAAGGUGGUUCACACCACAGGGCGUUCCUCCUCGAGCCCUCCUCUCUCCUGGGGAUCGGACCCGUGUCUAGGGCCAUUAAAGGCGGCUGGAACUGCCUGUGGCAAGGGCAGUCACAAUCACAGACGGCAAGGGCGGUCACAGUCACUGACGGCGAUGCUAGGGCCACAGUCACUGACGGCGAGGGCAGUCGAAGUCACGGACAGCAGGGCCAGUCACUGGCAGUGGUUUUUCUGUCAGGAUAAGACAGGGUCAACUGAUGUUUGCACAAAAGAAAAUGUGCGUUCAGCCUUGCAUGUCUGUGUUGGAACUCCGCUGAGAUUGUAGUACUGAGCGCCAUCUAGUGUGCAUUUCCGUGCAAGACAGUGAGAGGAAAAUUACAGGAACACCUUACAGAUAAACGUGGCUGUCUAGGGUGUGCUGUAAAGUAUAUCAAUCGAUUGGGUGGUAAAUCCUACAGAAAAACAUAGGCAAAAUGUAUCAUGGAGUGAAAUUGUUGUAGGGUUCACCUUUAUCACUCUUCUCUUUUAAAUGGUUUAUUUGGCGAACAGGGACGUAGAAGGUGCUGAGUCAUUGCAGAUUCUUAUUACAGAUUAAUCAGGUGGUCUGUAAAGCAGAGCCCCAGUGUAUGAGCAGGGGUUAUUUGGCCAGCCAAAGCUGAGGGUGUCUUACACAGGGGAUCCAAGAUGUCAGAACCUGAACCACUGUGUGACUAAGGGCCGUCUCCCUGUGCCUUAAGGUCCCCAGCCUGCUGGAGGACACCGAGUGAAACCAUCACCAAGGGGGGAAAGCGAGUGCCAACAGACUGUGUGUGUGUCUGUGUGUCUCUGUCUGUGUGUGCGUGUGAUAUAGGGCUAUACGUGAGUGGUAUCACAAUCACCUCCGUCCCCCAAUGAACGAGCACAAAAUGAAUCCACCGCCGGGGAUAGAGCGGAUUCACAGGGUUGCCCAAGGAUCAAGCACUUUCCCCAACGCUCUGGAGAGGUGGAGGAGAGGGGCGUCGCGUUCGCCCUCUUUCUGCUGACUGGAGGGCCAGAGUUGGCCACGGUGUCUCUGUGUCUCGUUUCUGAUCACCGCUGGACUGGCCUGUAACUGUAAUUGCGUACGUCCGUAAUCCAUGUAGUCCAUUUUAUUUUUUUUAGAAAACCCUUUUAGCAGUCUGCUUGCAGCUCAGGUUCGGAUGUCCAUUCAGUCUUGUAGUCUUUGUGAAAUGCCGUACUUGCAAACAGAUCUUACAUUUCUGAUCAUUUACGAAGUGCUUUCGACUCACUGAGCAAAUUAAACUACACAGAGACGGGAGGGUCGGGACGUGGGGUUGAACGGAAAGUAUGACAAAAAAAGCACCAGUCGUGCGAAACAAUUUUUUAACUGAGCGCUCCUUCGAUUCUUGCGUGUACGUGUUGGUCGUGUUUUUAAAGACAAUUCAGCUUUGCCAUACUGCUGCAGAGGAACAUGCCAGAGAGAUUAGAACCAGAUUUUAAAAACAAACAAACAUAAAAAACAACAAAAAAAAAAAACGUUACAUUAAGGGAGAAAACUGCCAACAAGUACUGUUAUUCGAGUCCUAUUUUAUUCAGUGUUGGUGUGUUAUUGUGCUUAUUGUAAAUACGUCUUUUCGAUAGUCUUUUGUUCCCUCUGGGUGGGUAGGCGAGGUUGGGGGGUCACAGGUUAAAGGAGGGGGGGGGGGGUGUAUACAGAGUAUUUGGUUUAUGUUCAGUCAGAGAAUGAAACAGUCCGUGUGAAUGUACGAGAGUUUAUGUGUGUGUGUAUACAUAUAGUACAUGUGAUGAAAAUGCAUUGGCUUUUUUGUGUGACACUACCUUUUACCUGUACCGUUCUUCAGUGUUUUUCGUGUUUAUAAAAAUUAUUUUGGAUUUUAUUUUUACUUCAUUUCUCUUUUAUCCUUCUUCCCUUUUGUUAUUGCACGGUAUAUUAUUUUUUUCUGUCCAGUGAAAUGACACAGCUACACUUUGUAUCGGUUAAGUGCUGUGCUGUAAAAUAACUCUGAAGUGUCAUUAGGAUUGUUGUUGCCAGACCCCCCCCCCCUCCCCCCAAUAUGCAUGAAUGGCACUUAAAAAAAUAAAAUAUGUUAACUUCACUGUGGAA